GAUCUGGAACAUUUAUGUAAUUUGUGAACGGCAGCCCUUUUGUCCUUCCCGCGCGUGAUGAUGCCUUCAGCCAGCUGAGGUGGAGAAUAGUCUAUUGCGUGCGGAUGCAAGUGUACAUCUAUGUGGCAGUCCUCACCCAUCUGCAGGUGUAUUUUUCAAGUUUGCACCGGUGAGCGAGUGUUCUUUCUCCUCUGGUAACGAGACGAGGAGGAAGAGUGUGCAGAAGUCAGAAGAAAGGUGAGAGAGGGAGGGGAGAGAGGGAGGGGAGAGAAGGAGGGGAGAGAGGGAGGGAAGGAGGGCAAACAGAUUUUGGUUUGGUUUCGUGCAUGCUCAUCAAAUUGCCUCUCAGGCUGUGACACGAAGUUGUAAAAGUGACGUACUCCGAAAAAUUCACCGCCGGACCACCGUUGAUAAUUUUCAUCGGCGGCACUCAGCCUCCGACUUUGAAUCGCGAGGCCCGCGGCCCCAUAUAUGAGAAAGGUAGUGUCCCUGAAUAUCAUUCGUUUGUGAUCUCCAACCGAUUUGAUCUGCCGGGAGGUUUUACCAAUUUUCCCGGGAAGGUUUCUGAGUUCGACUGAUGGUGGUUCUUCCGUUUCAGGGCUCAGAGCGAGCGAUCUUGGGGGCGCAGCAAGCGAUCCUCAGGGCGCAGCGCAUGUGUUUCAGGGCUCAGCGAGCAAACUGUGGGACACAGCGCAUCCCCUUGUGGUGGUAGGGGUGGUGGAAGUGGUUCUGGUGUGAGGUGGUUGGUUGUCGCCCGCGGCAGAAGACGACAAUGCUGACUCCUCGCGAAACUUCUCUUCUCCUCCUCUCCGUUCUCGUGGACGAGAGGCCGUUGGAUGUCAGCGCCGGGGCUUUCAUGAAGGCCUUUCCAAGGCAGGAUUUGUUCCGGGGAUGCUGUGCUCUCGUGCUUCUGCUCGAGGAUCGAGUCCUCCUCAAACCGGGACAACGGCUGGCCGCCCUCUACAUCCUAUUUUAUGUGUACAGUCUUGAGAGGCCGGAUGCAGGUGCCUGCAAUCCAUUCAUGGGAAUCCUUGUUGACGCCGCAUCAGACGAAACAGCCGAAAAAGUGGAGCGGGAUUUUAUUCUGCAACUCGUUAGGAAUCCGGCGUCACGAGAGCUCGGCAGGAAGACCCCGAAGGACAUAGCUGCGAGCUUCGACCCAUCCACAGCAACAGCUUUGCCGAGUCGUGAUGCAUUGCGGAAAGAGUUAGCCGACUCCCUGCCCGCCGAGCCGAGUGCCAGCAGCUUCCGAAGAGCAGGCGUGCACAAUGCGGUGGCCGAUCCGAGCGUGCCGAAAGGCUUCGACAAAGACACCCCAGAGUAUAUUAGUUUGGUGGGCUUUCCAAAGUCAUCCUCCGCAACCCGCGAAGGCGCGGCUGCGGAGCUGAUGCAGAACUUGUCGUUGAAGGGGUUCGAACCGCCGUGGGCUCGUCCUGCCCCACCCAUACUGCCCCCACAGGACGGAGAGAUGGUCUGGCUCCACCCGGACACGAAUCAUGAACUGCUGUGGGACACGAGCAUGUGUGCCGACACCAGCCGGGGCGCAGCAGUGCGAGACCUAAUGGCAAGGGCGCUGAAGGGCCCGUUGGCCCAUGUGCAGCUACAGCAAGUCCUGGCGGAGCUCGACGCCGACCCGAAGCUCGUGUAUCACUGCGGCCUCACGCCUCGACGACUGCCGGACCUUGUGGAAAACAACCCUGUCAUCGCUGUGGAGGUGUUGCUAAGGCUCAUGCACUCCAGUCAGAUCACCGAGUAUCUGUCGGUUCUGGUCAGCAUGGUCUUGAGUCUGCAUUCCAUGGAAGUUGUCAAUCGCCUUACGACAGCAGUUGAGCUUCCGACGGAGUUUGUGCACUUGUACAUAUCUAAUUGCAUAUCGUCGUGCGAGAACAUCAAGGACAAGUACAUGCAAAAUCGACUCGUUAGGCUCGUUUGCGUCUUCCUACAAAGCUUGAUUCGCAACAAGAUCGUUAACGUGCAAGACCUGUUCAUCGAGGUCCAAGCAUUCUGCAUAGAGUUUUCAAGGAUCAGGGAGGCGGCAGGGCUGUUCCGGCUGCUAAAGACGCUCGAGAACAAUGACUCGGCAACAGACAAGCCUCAAGGGAAGCAGCAAGCGUGAGAGAACGUGUAUGUGCGUAACGUAUAUACAGUAUUAUAUGUUAUAGAUAGAUAGAUAGAUAGAUAGAUAGAUAGAUAGAUGGGUAGGUAGGUAGGUAGGUAGGUAGAGGAAUAAGAUGACUAUGUCACGUAAUUGGAUUGGCUGCUUGUCCCACUGGCAGAUCUCGGAGAGAAGUCGGGGAACAGGCCACCAAUCGGUGUAUUAACAGUGGUGGGAGUGUGGGCUUGAAUCAAUCACUGAACAAUGU